AUGAAAUUAGCAUGUUCUACUCAGUUGUCUGUGCAUAUUUGUGUUCCUCUACUCGUCGUUGUUGUGUCUGUGGUCUUUGGCAAAACGCUAGCUGCCAGUGUGGAGAAUGCGGUAAUUGGUGAUAUUCGCGAGAAGUGGACCAAUGACAUCGACCAACAGCAGCAGUUACAGCCGGAGAGUCAUUACAAGGCGUUGGAAAUGGAGCAGCGACUGCAGCAGCUGGGUAAACACUCGCAUUGGCUGCACUGGUCCACAGUCACGCCCACUUCAUCGCCCACCCCCUCGCCUGAUUAUGUGAACGAUGAGGAGCUACUCGAGCAGCACAAGUAUCAGCAACAUGUGGAAAGCUUCGACUAUAGCAACAAUCAUUUCGAUUUGGACAAUUAUCAAAGCUAUGCCAACCUCGAUUUAGUCCCAGGCGCCUCGCCAAGAUCGGGACGACAUCGAGGACGUCAUGUAACUCCCCACAACAACAACCACUUGCAUAAUGUGAUGCUACCUAUGACCUCUGAGGUAGGUGGCAAGUAUCUGCGUUCGCUGCCGGACUCGGUGGACUAUCUACAGGAUCGUCUGUACGCAACGCUUGCCCAACGUCAUUGGCCUGUCAAGCGGGAGGCCAUUGUCGAGGGCGGUGUGAUUCUGGGCGGCCUGAUGAUGGUGCAUUCGCGGGAGGACAGCAUAACCUGUGGCCCCAUCAUGCCACAGGGCGGCAUUCAGGCCCUGGAGGCCAUGCUCUACACCAUCGAUCGCAUCAAUGAGAUGAAUUUGCUGCCCAACAUCACACUCGGUGCCCACAUUCUCGACGACUGCGACAAGGACUCUUAUGGCCUGGAAAUGGCCGUGGAUUUUAUUAAAGGUUCAAUUAGCAACAUUGACGAUGCUGAAUACCACUGCAACAAAACACAAGUGCGCAAGGUUAUUUCUGGUGUGGUUGGCGCUGCCUCCUCGGUGACAUCUAUACAGGUGGCCAAUUUGCUGAGAUUGUUUCGCAUACCACAGGUCUCCUACUUCUCCACCAGCCCCGAGUUGAGCAACAAGCAACGCUUUGAGUAUUUCUCACGCACCAUCCCCUCCGACCACUACCAGGUGAAGGCCAUGGUUGAGAUUGUUAAGACCAUGGGUUGGACCUACGUUUCGAUUAUCUACGAGGAGAGCAACUAUGGAAUCAAGGCAUUUGAGGAAUUGGAGGUGUUGCUGGGACGCCAUAACAUUUGUAUUGCCAAUAAGGAGAAGCUCGUCAAGGAUUCAGGAGUGGCUGAGGAUAUUGCAUACGAUAAUAUUGUGCAGAAGCUGCUGACGAAACCGCUUGCUCGAGGUGCCAUCAUUUUCGGAUCGGAUCAGGAAGUGCGGCAAGUGAUGCGUGCUGUGAGGCGGUUAAAUGCAACAGGCGCCUUCUCGUGGAUUGGCUCCGAUGGCUGGAGUGCACGGAAUCUCGUUUCGGAUGACUAUGAACCGGAGGUGGAGGGCACACUGUCCGUGCAACCACAAGCUAAUCCUGUUCACGGCUUCGAGGAAUAUUUUCUUAACCUCACCGUGGAGAAUAACCAACGCAAUCCGUGGUUUGUAGAAUUCUGGGAGGACCACUUUCAAUGCCGCUAUCCGGGCAGCACCAGCACACCCUAUAACAACUACACCCGCAGCUGUACCACAAAGGAACGCUUAUCCCGACAAAAUACGGACUUUGAGGAUCAGCUGCAGUUCGUUAGCGAUGCGGUAAUGGCAUUUGCGUAUGCCUUAAGGGACAUGCAUCGGGAUUUGUGUGGCGGUCGACCUUCGCUCUGUGACGCCAUGAAGCCAACCAAGGGAGCUGAUUUGCUCAAAUAUUUACGUAAAGUUGAAUUUAAGGGCCUCAGCGGCGAUGAUUUUCGCUUCGACGUAAAUGGCGAUGGACCCGCUCGCUACAAUAUCAUCCAUUUCAAGCAGUCCGUGGCGGGCCAGUACCGCUGGGUCAAGGUGGGCGAGUACUACGAGGGAGAGCUUCGUUUAAACAUGUCCGAGGUAAAGUUCAAGCUGUUACAUCCGAAGCCACCGGAAUCCGUUUGCAGUUUGCCCUGCCAGCGGGGACAGGCGAAGAGCUACCUUGCGGAGGGGAGCUGCUGUUGGCACUGCUUCAAUUGUACAACUUAUCAAAUUCGCCAUCCGGAUGAUGAGACACAUUGCCUCGUCUGCCAGCUGGGCACCCUUCCCGAUGCACACAAGGAAUACUGUCGCCCCAUACCAGAGGUGUACCUCAGACCCGAAUCCGCUUGGGCAAUUGGAGCCAUGGCGUUCAGUGCAACAGGCAUAUUGAUAACGCUCUUUGUUGUGGGCGUGUUUGUCAGGCACCAUGAGACGCCCAUAGUGCGUGCCACUGGUCGAGAGUUGAGUUACAUUCUGUUGGCUGGAAUUUUCAUGUGCUAUGGCGUGACCUUUGCCCUUGUGCUUAAGCCAACAAACAUUGUUUGUGCCAUUCAGCGUUUUGGAGUGGGCUUCUGUUUUACGGUCGUCUACGCAGCAUUGUUGACCAAAACGAAUCGCAUUGCUCGCAUCUUCAAGGCGGGAAAGCAGUCGGCCAAACGACCCUCAUUCAUUAGUCCAAAAUCGCAGUUAGUGAUUUGCACGUGUCUUGUCUUUGUACAGAUACUCAUUAACGGAGUUUGGAUGGUGAUUGCUCCCUCACAUGCGAUGCAUCAUUAUCCGACACGCGAGGAUAAUUUGCUUGUGUGCGACUCGUACAUAGAUGCCUCCUAUAUGAUUGCGUUCUUUUAUCCCAUUGUCCUGAUUGUGGUAUGCACCGUUUAUGCGGUGCUCACCCGUAAGAUACCAGAAGCUUUUAAUGAAUCCAAGCAUAUCGGCUUUACCAUGUACACGACCUGUGUUAUUUGGCUGGCCUUUGUCCCAUUAUACUUCGGAACAGCCAAUCACGUGCCAUUGCGAAUUACGAGCAUGUCGGUGACUAUAAGCCUGUCGGCCAGUGUGACGAUUGCGUGUCUGUUCUCACCAAAGCUCUACAUAAUCCUCGUACGGCCGGAGCGUAAUGUGCGUCAGAGCAUGAUGCCUCCUCGUUAUGGUAACAUGCAUCGCACGGCGGGCACAGGUCCGUCCUCGAUGAUGGCUGCAGCGGUUGUAACGGCUGCCACGUGCGCACAGGAAGAGAACUUGCAAAAACAUAUCACGCCCACGGAUACAGAGCACUCGAUAAAGGCCAAAAAACUAUGCGAAAUGGCCACACAGACGAUUGCAUUGUCGAGCAUACUCACAUCCUUGGACAGCAAUGCCUACAAUCAAAUACCCUAUGCCGAUCAAUUUGUGCCAAAUAAUACAACAACCGUCACGCCCAAUGCUCCCAAUGCUCCCAAUGCCACAGAGGUCAGUCAGGAUGAGCAAGUGGUGUCCAAUAACAACAAAAUCAAUCAACAGCAGCAUGGCCAGUCGAGUGUUGCUGUUGCAGGCGGAACAGCAAGUAAUCAUAUUGCCAGCAGCAAUCCAACAACGGUAGCAACAACAGCUGCAACAACAACCUUGGCUACAAUGAGUGUAACGGAUGCAACAGCAACAUCAUCGGACGUCACAACAAAUGGCAGCAGGAGAGCUCCUGUGUUGCAGACAAAUUUAUAGCUAAACGCACAGCAAUUGCAACAGCAGCUGCUGAGGGAGCAGCAACGUCAGCAACAGCAACAGCAACAACAAGUUGAGAUGGAUCCACAGGAUCAACCACAAGCACUUGCAACUGAAGGUGCUGCCAGCAAUAGCAAUUUCAGCGAUGUUGCAAGCAACGGCAGCGGCAGCGGAAGUGCCACAACGAUCGGCAACGGAAGCAGCAAGAAACGUUCCGCCAUACCUGUUUAAAGUGUGACCAGACAGGAACAGUAAAGGUAUCUAUAGAUAGAAAUACACGUAUAUAAAUACUUAAGUAAAUGCGAAGCAAGUAAAACUAAGCGACUUAGAGACGGGUUAGU